AAAUAGGGUGUGUUUUUAUGUUUAUUUGAUGAUCCAAACGGAAGCCUUUCAUUCUUCCUUUUUUCACUCUUCUCUCCUCUAAUCUCACUAUCCCUACCUCUCUUUACUCUCCGCUCGUACAUUUAGCCAAAAAAAAACCCCAUAAAAUCUUUGACCAGAAAAAAUGGAUUAAAAGUGAAGAUGCACUUAGAAAUCUUUCAAGAAAAACUGAAUUUGAAUUAAGAAAAGUGGCAAAAGAGCCAAAAGGGUUUAGAGGGCGUAUGCAUUUGUCCAAGCAAUCAAUUAUUUUGGUGAUUUUAGAGUAUUGGGUCUGCUUCAAAACGGAGGUUAAGGACUGACUUUGAAAUAUUAGAUUUAUUUAACCAUUUAUUUUCUUUGGAGGAUUUUGUUGGAGGGGGUUUCUGAUGGGGAGCACCGAUGAGCCCAACAUAAGGGACAUUGAUGCGUCGGUGGGUGGCUUGGUUUGGGUCCGACGCAGAAACGGUUCUUGGUGGCCGGGUCGGAUUAUGGGCCUUGAUGAGCUCUCCGAGGGUUGUUUGGUUUCUCCAAGAUCCGGCACCCCUGUUAAGCUUCUUGGUCGCAAAGAUGCAAGCGUGGACUGGUAUAAUCUUGAAAAGUCUAAGAGGGUGAAGGCCUUCCGUUGUGGAGAAUAUAAUGAAUGUAUUGAGAAAGCAAAGGCUUCUGCAGCAAAUUCUAACAAGAGAGCAGUUAAAUAUGCUCGAAGAGAAGAUGCUAUUCUUCAUGCUCUUGAAAUUGAGAGUGCACGUUUAGGCAAGGAUCAUCCAGAUUAUUUCUCUAGAAAAGAUAAUUCUGGUGGUGACAAGGGGAGUUUGGCCAGAGAAUCACCCACCGUGUCACAUUCUGGGAAAGAAAUGACAUAUGACAAAGAGAAGAAAAACCCCAAUGAUUCCGAGGAUGAUGGAUCGGAAAGAAUCAAGCGCAUGAGAGGACUUGAGGAUCUAGCAUAUAGUUCUUUAUUUUAUGAAUCAAAUGCUGGAAGUUUCCUUUUUAAUGGAGAUUCCAUAAAUGGUAGCAGAAAUCAUUCAUCAUCAGUGAAAAGAAAGAGAUCUCAGGUGGCAAAUGUUCAUGAAUUCCUCAAAAGAAAAAACCGUCGUAGACCAUUAACCAAGGUUUUGGAGAGUACAGCUAUUGUGUCAGUUCCAGUUGUUUGUGAUGAACUUACAAGCUCAAGUGGUUCACCCCGUUGGGGACUUUCUGACAGCAAGAUUUCAGGAAUUGAUUCUAAUGAAUCACGCAAGAUUGAGUUGGUUCAAUUAAGUCAUGUUUUUUUUGGUGGUGCAUUGAUUACUGCAAUUAGCAGUAACUUCUUGAAUGAUUUCAGUAUUUAG